ACCUUCAACUUGCAACCAGGUCUUCUUUUUUGAUGCCACUUGCAAGUGGACCCUCGACUAGCACCGGGACCCUUUCUUUUUGAUGCCACUUGCAAGUGGACCCUCGACUUGCAACCGGGUCUUCAUUUUUUCAUGCCACUUGCAAGUGGACCCUCGACUUGCAACCGGGUUUUCUGUUUUGAUGCCACUUGCAAGUGGAGCCUCGACUUGCAACUGGGUUUUAUGUUUUGAUGCCACUUGCAAGUGGAGCCUCAAGGUGCAAGCGGAAUUGAAUUGUUACUCACAACAUCCAGAAUGUUUUGAUGAUGUUCUAAACUGAUGGACCAGAUAGGCGAAUGGGUAAGGUGGAAUCAUCUGCAGAAAAUUAGCUCCAUUGCCUUGCAUUUGAGAAAGCCUCGGGUCAAACACCAUUCCCAGGGUACUGGGAGCGCACAUGCUACGAUCAAAACAUACAGAAUCGCCGAAGACUCCCGCACAUCUCCGCCGGCGAAACCCUAGCGGCGGCCGGCGAUGGGGGAGUACGCGGCGGUCAAGACGUCGGUGUGGUGGGACAUCGAGAACUGUGCCGUCCCGCGCAGCUGCGACCCCCAGCUCAUCGUCCAGAACAUGAGCUCAGCCCUCGCCACCGCCGGCUACCGCGGCCCCAUCUCUGUCUCCGCCUACGGGGACACCCACCAAAUCGCCCACAACGUCCAGCACGCCCUCUCCAGCACCGGCGUCUCCCUCCACCACGUCCCCGCCGGCAUUAAAGAUGCAAGUGAUAAGAAGAUCUUGGUUGACAUGCUGUUCUGGGCUAUUGACAAUCCUCCACCAGCAAAUUAUCUGCUUAUCUCUGGUGACCGGGACUUCUCUCAUGCCAUUCAUAAGCUUAAAAUGAGGCGAUACAAUAUUUUAUUGGCACAACCUCCAAACUUGUCUCAAACACUUACUGCUGCAGCAAAGAGUGUUUGGCUCUGGAAAAGCCUUGUGGCUGGAGAACCACCAUUAGAACAGUCACCAUACAUAAGCAGCACAUCUUGUGGCAAUAAGGAUGAUUUGGCUACAUCAAGGAACAUAGUUUCUCGUUCUUUGGAUGUGACUCAAGAUGCCAACCCUGAAGUGCAGAAUAUUUUGUGUGAUCGUCAAAGCGGUUCUAACGGCAUGGCAGAUAAGAAAUGUGAAGUUAAGCGACCUCGAGAAAUGGAGACAGACAAUGUGUCCAAACCAGCAAGCAAAAAGCAGCUGAAGAAGAUGAGUGGGCUGGCAAAUACCAGCACUAAGCAAACUGCUGUCAAGAAACCAACACAAGGGCAACUAAAAGCAGUCAAGGGGCAGGGCUUGAUCUGCUAUAAGUGUGGUGAUGGGCACCGUGCUGCAGAGUGCACCUUUAGUGGUGACUGCCACGGUUGUGGCCGACAGGGCCACAAGGACCGAGUGUGCAAAGUGAAUCCUAACAGCAUCGUCAAGUGGCAGCCGGCACAUGCACAAGACUUAGUCACGCCCUCACCGGGGUCUGUCUCCCGGCAGGCAGCCCCUCAUGUGCCUUCUCCACCUCCAGCUUCCCCCGUCGCGGCUGCGUCACCACAGACAACUGCUGAAACUCCUUCUGGCCCAACUUCGACACCACCACGGGAGUGCUUCUUGCAGGAGACUCCUGCCGUGUCAACCCCACCUCCGGCUUCUGCGGCUCCUGUACCGCCACAUACUGGUGUUAGCGAUUUUUCUGCCCCAGCUCACUCUGGAGUCUAUGCCAUGCCGACAGCUGUGUCAAUGGGUAAACCAGACGUGGUGACGCAGCAGACAUCUUCAGCCCCUCAUCCUCCUACGGCGGUUCUAGCUCACCGGCCAAUGGCAGGACCAGGACAGUAUCAUCAAGUGGGUGCUUCUCGGCCGUUUCCAGCUUGGACACCACCACCAUGGUGCUUCUUGCAGGCGCCUCCUGCUGUGCUGAGUCCACCUCCGGCUCCUGUGCCGCCACAUACGGGUGAUGGAAAAUUUUCUGCCCCAGCUCACUCUGGAGUCUACACCAUGUCAACAGCUGUGUCAUUGGGUAAACCAGAUGUGAUGACGCAAUGGGCAUCUUCAGCCCCUCAUCCUCCUACGGCAGUUCUAGCAGCUCACCGAUCAGUCACAGGACAGUAUAAUCAAGUGGGUGCUUCUCAGCUGCAACCUGCAUCUUCAGCCCCUCGUCCUCCUACGGCAGUUCUAGCUCACCAAUCAGCCGCAGGACAGUAUCAUCAAGUGGGUGCUUCUCAGCUGCAUCUGGCAUCUUCAGCCCCUCAUCCUCCUACGGCGGUUCUAGCUCACCAACCAGUCGCAGGACAGUAUCAUCAAGUGGGUGCUUCUCAGCUGCAUCUAGCUUGGACUUUUCCUCCGGGCUACUUCUGGCAGGCAAUGCAGCUUCUCCUGCAGCAGCGCCGCUCGUGACUUCCGUGCCGCCCUGGCGUUGCAGCUUGUCCUGCACCAGCUCACUCCAGAGUCUACCCCAUGCCCUUCCCCUUUGGCAGGCCAUGCUGACAAAGUGACAAGUAUACUCCUAUUGGAUUCUUUGUAUGCCCUUCCCUUCAACCGCCCGAGAGGAGGAAGAGAGGAAGGAGGGCUAUGAUGAAGAAGAGGUGGAGGAGGUUUUCACUAGCUUUAUAGUAGGAGCGUUAGAGGCAAGUUGGGUUGGAGCUGCUACAGCUGCACCUUGCACUCUGGUUGAGGCAGACACCUAGUCCCAACACCUAACCUGCUCUGAUGGCAGAAGCAAGGCGAUGGUACGGAACUUGCAAUUUUGUUGAAGGGGCGUGGAAGCACUGGCGGCGGCGGCGGGGAUAAAUUUAAGAGAAGGGGGGUCACGGCAUGGGAGAAGGGGAGAGAUAACGGGACAGGUGCAUGAAUCUUGAAGCAAAUUACAAGUGCUUAGAGAAGAUACUACCUCUGUUCACUAAUAUAAGACGUUUUUGCAGUUUGAGGGAGUAGAAAUUCCGAAUCAUGUGGCGUACGUAUCUGCGUAUGUCAUUGGAUUGUACUGAAAACAAAGUCACAUGCAAGCUAGAUGUAACAAAUGACAGUUAGGACAUGGGACAGAUGACCUAGGAAUUAUCAGGUUUCUUAGGACAAGGCUUUUUGACAAGAAGUUACUUUCUUAAUAUAUGAUUUGUACCAGUCGUGAUU